GGACCCAUAAACGUGUGGCGUCUGGAAGAAAUUAGACGCAGGGAAAAAAGAAAAAACAAGUUUAGUUCACACUAGUUUUUUACUUGGGGGAAAAAACUUGACAAUUUAUUACCACUUAUUACCACUCAUAUUGACUACUUUUGGGAUAUUUUGUCUCUUUUUUUUAAUCAUUUUUACGCAAAAACACAAUGCCUGUCAGGACUUUGCGUGCUCCGUGCAUGUGAGGAGGACCAGCUUCAGACUUGAACAGCCUUUUUUCCAUGGAUACAGCGCACAGAAGGGAGCUUUAAUGCAGGUUUCUUCUCCACGGAGCCUCCACUGACCGCAUCCAUCCAGAGGGACACGUCCAGCGAGCUGCUUCAAGAUGAGAUGUGAAAAACUGAUCACCUACCUGAGGAUUAUUGGGACUACACUGUUCGGCGUCUCGCUGCUUGUGGGGAUCUCCACAGCCUACAUCAUGGGCUACCAGUUCUUCACCACUACAGGCAAUUACCUGUCCUUCGGGCUUUACGGGGCCAUUCUGGUUGUUCACCUCAUCAUCCAGAGCCUGUUCGCUCUGCUGGAGCACAGAAACAUGAGGCAGUCCCUGGAGACCCCCAUAAAACUCAACAAGUCGCUGGCGCUGUGCAUCGCCGCCUACCAGGAGGACCCUAACUACCUGAGGAAGUGUCUGAUCUCGGUCAAGAGGCUCACCUACCCGGGCAUCAAGGUGAUCAUGGUGAUCGACGGAAACAGCGAAGACGACGGCUACAUGAUGGACAUCUUCCGUGACAUCAUGGGCUGCGACAAGGCGGCCACGUACGUGUGGAAGAGCAACUACCACCAGCGCGGGCCGGAGGAGACCGAGGAGUCGUACGCCGAGAGCCUGCAGCAGGUCUCCCGCCUGGUGCUCAACAACAAGUGCGUGUGCAUCAUGCAGAAGUGGGGCGGCAAGAGGGAGGUCAUGUACACGGCCUUCAAGGCGCUGGGCAGGAGCGUGGACUAUGUACAGGUGUGUGACUCGGACACCAUGCUGGACCCUGCGUCUUCAGUGGAGAUGGUGAAGGUUCUGGAGGAAGACCCCAUGGUUGGGGGGGUCGGGGGAGAUGUGCAGAUCUUGAACAAGUAUGAGUCGUGGAUCUCCUUCCUGAGCAGCGUGCGCUACUGGAUGGCCUUCAACAUCGAGCGGGCGUGCCAGUCGUACUUCGGCUGCGUGCAGUGCAUCAGCGGCCCUCUGGGGAUGUACAGGAACUCUCUGCUGCACGAGUUCCUUGAGGACUGGUACAACCAGACGUUCAUGGGCAGCCACUGCAGCUUCGGCGACGACCGCCACCUGACGAACCGCGUGCUGAGCCUGGGCUACGCCACCAAGUACACGGCGCGCUCCAAGUGUUUGACGGAGACCCCCAUCACGUACCUGCGCUGGCUCAACCAGCAGACGCGCUGGAGCAAGUCCUACUUCCGAGAGUGGCUGUACAACUCCAUGUGGUUCCACAAGCACCACCUGUGGAUGACCUACGAGGCCGUCAUCACCGGGUUCUUCCCGUUCUUCCUCAUCGCCACGGCCAUUCAGCUCUUCUACCAGGGCAGGAUAUGGAACAUCCUGCUGUUCCUGCUCAUCGUGCAGGCGGUGGCGCUGAUCAAGUCCUCCUUCGCCAGCUGCCUGCGCGGGAACAUCGUCAUGGUCUUCAUGUCCUUCUACUCAGUCUUGUACAUGUCCAGUCUACUUCCGGCCAAGAUGUUCGCCAUAGCGACCAUAAACAAGUCGGGCUGGGGCACCUCGGGGAGGAAGACCAUCGUGGUGAACUUCAUCGGACUCAUUCCCAUCUCCGUGUGGUUCACCAUCCUGUUCGUCGGCAUCCUGUACACCGUCGUCCAGGACACGCGGAAGCCCUUCGGGGAGUCCGAGAAGAUCGUGCUGAUCAUCGGCGCCAUCGUGUACGCCAGCUACUGGGUCGUGCUCUUGACUUUGUACAUGGUCCUCAUAGCCAAGUGCGGGAAGAGGAAGAAAGAGCCGCAGUACGACCUGGUGCUCGACGUCUGACGACGGCCGACUUGCCCCGCCCCCCCAUUUUUCGACGUUUACAUUCAGACUUUGGAGCGCUAUGGGUUCUCCGCAUGUGACGGGACGUCACAGGAGAGAGAUGUUGUUGCUGCUGUGACUGACACUAAGGAAAUUCCUUCGAAGUGAAAGGUUCAAAUAGAGCUUAGGCUCUGUUAAAGCGAUAGUUUGGCAGGAAAUCGAAUUCAUUUGCACGAUGCUAAGCUAAAUGUUUAAAGUGUUUGGGUUUUAUUUUCUUCGUGGAAAUAAGUUGAGACGUCCUCUACAGGGAGCAAACAUUUCUAGAAAUUUUAGUGCACAAUUUCUAUUUAUUUGUUGAUUUUUGCACAGUGAAAAGGUGUGAAAAUGAUGUGUACCUAAAAUUUUGUUUCAUUUUCAAUUAAAAAAAUGGAAAACUCUGCAAAAAAUCUUAAUUGCAUUAGUAGAAAUAGAAUAAAUAGUAAGCGUGCCAUUAAAGUUCUUCCCUGUAGAGGAUGUUUUAACUUUUCACUCCAAAAGGCCAAAAAAGUGUCAAAAUUUUAAAAUUUGGAUUUUUUUUUUCGCCAAAUUGUCGCUUUAAUGUGAUAGUAUUCCAAAAACCACCAAUUGAAAUUGCUGUUUCUUUUGGUUUUGUUGUACAGACGUGUGCGACAGCUUGGCUCAAAUUUUUUUAAGCGAAAAUAAUGUUUACAGAGAACUGAAAUAUGAAAUUUCUGCAAAAUUUUAGUGCACAAUUUCUAUUUUGGAAAAGUUAUGAAAUAUAAAAUGCGCCACUUUUGCACCACAUUUUAUGUUUUAUUAUUUUCUAAUGUUUUUAAUUGAGAAAAUAAAGAGUAACUGCUUUUCACUCAAAUAAUUUCAGAAUUAUUUUCAGCAAAAAUUUGCAAAUUUGAGCCGAAUUUUUUGCACACGUCCGUUGGUUUUUGACACGAUUCCUAUGCACUUUUAUGUCUCUCUCUCUCUCUCAUCGUGCAUGAUGCUUGACAAAGAACUUUAAUUAACAAAAUACCUCAGUGGUUAAUGUUUGCAUUGUGUGAGUGAUUGGGAUGCAGUCACAUGAGGCUCAUUCUUCUUUAAUAAUUUAUUGUGUUCAUGUUGUUUUCUUUUAAAACUUUGUUUUUUAUAUAAAUGUAAACUUUUUUUUAGAAUGAAAGCGAGAAACAGAAAAUUCUGUUUGGGCCAUGCUGUACUUUGUAUUUGCAUAUUGCCUUUUUUUAUAUAGACAUGUUUAUUUUUGCUUAGCCACCAAAGAUUCUCUAUUUUCAAUCAUAUGUUUGUGUAUGAUAAAAUUUUUAAAAAAUGCAUCGUGCAUUUGACUGUUACGACAAUGACUUUUACCAAAAAUGUGAAAUUUUAAGAAGCUGGGUUUCGUGUUUUGCAUUGAUAACAAUAAAAUGCAGUGAUAAGUUAUUGGUUUGGGAGGAAAAGGAGGAGUGAACCUGUGUUAUUAUUAAAAAUAAAAGUAUUAUGUGACGAGAAAACCAGCGUAUUUAUAAAACACUCUGUGGUUCAUAGCUUUUGUACCUGAUUAAUUGUAUUUUGCUAGGUGUUUCACAUCACCUGUCGUAUUUUUUCGGAAAAGACAGCGCUCCGUCCUAAGAAGCCCCUCCGUCCUGAAAAGGCUGCACACAUUUCAGACAAAGUAUUUGCACAGAAAGACUUUUUAUCUGCGCCGGAAUGAAAUUUCAAUCUCCAUUUACAAUGUGAGGAGUUA